CUGUAUUUUACAUUCGCCAAAGAAGAUCCUGUGGUGCAUGAUAAAAGAAUUUUUCUUCGAAAAUAUCACAAAAAAUUAUUAUUAUACAAUAUAGAUUUGGAAUUUAUAUUAUAAACUUGAAACAUGGACAGAUUGCUUCGUCUGAGCGGUGGAAUGCCGGGCUUAGGACAGGGCGCACCACCUACUGAUGCUCCAACAGUGGAUACAGCUGAGCAAGUCUACAUCUCCUCUCUAGCUCUUUUAAAGAUGCUGAAGCAUGGCCGAGCUGGGGUACCCAUGGAGGUUAUGGGACUGAUGUUGGGAGAAUUUGUUGAUGAUUAUACAGUGCGAGUGAUCGAUGUUUUUGCAAUGCCACAGUCAGGAACUGGUGUGAGUGUUGAAGCUGUAGAUCCAGUGUUUCAAGCAAAAAUGUUGGACAUGUUAAAACAGACUGGCCGCCCAGAGAUGGUGGUUGGUUGGUACCAUUCUCACCCUGGCUUUGGUUGCUGGUUAUCAGGGGUAGAUAUAAACACCCAGCAGAGCUUCGAGGCUUUGUCAGAGAGAGCCGUAGCUGUGGUAGUGGACCCCAUCCAAAGUGUCAAGGGCAAGGUUGUAAUAGAUGCCUUUCGACUCAUUAAUCCCAAUAUGAUGGUUCUUGGUCAGGAGCCUCGACAAACAACAUCAAAUCUGGGACAUUUACAGAAACCCUCAAUACAGGCAUUAAUACAUGGACUAAACAGACACUAUUAUUCCAUAGCUAUCAAUUACAGGAAAAAUGAAUUGGAACAGAAGAUGUUGCUGAAUCUCCACAAGAAAAGCUGGGUUGAUGGGUUAUCUCUUGAAGAUUACAAAACACACUGCACCAAUAACGAAAAGACUGUCAAAGAAAUGCUAGAACUGGCCAAAAAUUACCACAAGGCCCUGGAAGAAGAGGAAACAAUGACUCAGGAACAACUAGCAAUUAAAAACGUUGGAAAAUUGGACCCAAAACGUCAUCUUGAAGAACAUGUGGAUGUGUUGAUGACAACAAAUAUUGUCCAGUGCUUAGGUGCAAUGCUGCACACAGUAGUGUUUAAAUGAGAUGUUUAAGAAGACUGACACAAACAAUAUAUCAUUAUUGUUACUAAAGUUCUAAGAUAAGUCCUCAUAAUGUUUUGAAAAUGAACACAUUUACAGUAUCAUCUGACAGUCUAUCAUCAUCAUUAUUAUGAGAAUAUUUAUUUGUCCAAUAUAACUCUUACACUAAAGAAAUUCAACAGGAUCUGCUUUAAAAAAGAAUGUAAGUAGAGCCUGUUAUUUUUCUGUUGUACAUGUAUAUGUAAUGAUACAUGUACAAGUUAUAUUUAUCUCAACAACUUGAUUGCCCAUAAUAUAAUUUUGUACUGGUUAAAUUGUAUAAUAUUGAAGUGCAAGGAUCUUCAAAUAAUAAAUGUGUCUCAUAACAUUUUAA